AUGCUCGACCUGCUCGAAGGCGCCAUGCACAAGUCGACGAAGUGGCCACCAUUGGACAAGCUGGCGGACCAGCUCCCGGAGGAGGGAUACAAACACGGCGCCGAUAUCAAGGUGGACUCCGCUGACCUGCUCAAGCAUGGAGCGCGGCGCGGUGGUGCCUCCGGUGCGGCGCCGUCGCGCAAGCGGGGGUCGGACCAAGUCGAGCAGGCCGCAGCGCAAGAGGAGCCGAAGCCAACUGAAUACGUGCUCACGUCGUGUCCAUCAUCGCCGUCGCGAAAGGGCCCCGUCGACGUUGCCUAA